AUGUGGACCAACAGAAUUGUUACACUGAUAACUUCUUUAGCAGCAAAAGUUCUUCCACCUCCAUCCAACCUGGACUACUCAUUUAUCCAAAUCUGCACCCUGAACUGGACAUGGACCCCCCCCGAGAAUGUCAGCAGUAGCUGUGACCUGGAGUAUUCCAGUGACAUUGUGAUAGAUGAGGUCCCUCAGGAUAAAAGAGAAUGGAGUAAGAGUCGCUUCCGUGUGACAGAUACGUUCUUGAAUGAGGAAAUGCGUUUCCAAGUGAGAAGUGAAUGCAAGCACGAUAACACCAGCGAGCCCAGCCAAUGGGUGGAGACCUCACUUCUGCCAAAAGGUAUUCCAGGUACUGCUGCUGUUGACUUGAGCUGUGUUUGGCACAAUUUGGAAUACAUGGUUUGUACGUGGCGUCCUGGGGAGAAUGCAAGCAGUGAUACCAAUUACACGUUGUUCUACUGGUUUGAUGGUUUGGAAAACCAUGAGAAGUGUAGCAACUAUUCUAUGCACCAAGGAAUCUCUGGAUGCAUUUUCGAUCUUAGUUUUCCAAAAGUCACCAGUACUUUCCCAGCUAUAAGGAUUUUGAUUAAAGAUGAAUCUGAAGAAAUUAGGCCUGUGUGUGCAAGUAAAAAUCCUACCACCCUUGUAAAACCUGCUACACCAAGACAAGUCGCACUGUCAAAGAUUAAUGAUGAAAUAUAUGUCAAAUGGAACGAAUCAGACACCUUUCCAGAAAACUGUUUAGUUUACGAAGUUGCAUAUCACAAUGGUGAUUUGGACACCACUCAGAUAAUUAAAGUUGAAAAUACUUAUACGUCAAUUCCUAGUGUUGAUCCUAAUCGCAAGUACAGCUUCAAAGUGAGAGCAACACCAAAGCCCGAGUGUUAUAGCAGCAAGCUCUAUAGUGACUGGAGUGAAGAAAAGAGUAUUGGUGAGAACAAUUACUCUGCGUUCUAUGUUGGUUUAAUAAUCACCAUUCCAUUAGUAGUAGCAGUAUCUAUGAUAAUUCUGCUAGUUUAUCUAAAAAGGCUGAAGAUAUUAAUUCUUCCACCAAUUCCAGACCCUAGAGAAAUUCUUAAGCGCAUGUUUGGAGAGCAGAAUGAGGAUUCCCAGAGCUGUGCGAAGGAUGAUUCUGUGAAUGCUUAUGACAGGUUAAUUAAGGAAGAAGAAAUUCAUUCUUUAAUUUUAACAGAAACUCCAGAGUGCGCUAAUUCUGAACAAGAAAAACGAUAA